GAAAACAAUGGCGGGAAGUAUGGACGACUUUGACGAAGAAGGGGAUGAUUUGUUAGCUUCUUUCGUCGAAAACAAAGAUGAUCUGCAAAACAAUGUCCCAGUGGAUUUUCCAUUUCCUUUUGAAGCAUAUGACAUUCAGAAAAAGUUUAUGGAAAAUCUGUACCUCAGUCUGGAUAAGGGACAAGUGGGGAUAUUUGAGAGCCCUACUGGUACUGGAAAGUCCCUCAGUCUUAUCUGUGGGGCACUGAAGUGGCUCAAGGAUUAUCAGGAGAAACAGAAGAGGGAUCUCGAGGCUUUGAUUGCAGAGGAGGAGAAAUCAUGUACCAGCUGUGAUGGGGUUUCUGGUGAGUUAGACUGGAUAACACAGUUUGCAGUAAAGAAAGAGAAACAGGAAAAACUUGACAGCGCAAAACAAAAACAACAAAAACUGGAAAAGCAGGAGUCUAGAUUGUUAGAAAUAGGAAAGCAAAAACAGUACAGAAAACGUAAACGAGACCCCCUGGAGGAGGAAUUCGAGGAGUUGAUGAAGGAAGCUGCUCCUGAUGUACAGGCUGCAUACCUUGAGGAGAUUGACAAGGUCAAAGGUCAGGAGGUGGAUCAAGGGGAUGAUGACUUAGUGCCCGAGGAUUAUCAUAGCGAUGAAGAGGUCAAAUCUGAGGAUGUAUCAGACAGUGAGAACAGUGAGGAGGAGGUGGAUCAUGUGACUAAGAUAUAUUACUGCAGUCGUACACAUUCUCAGCUAGCACAGUUCGUCCGCGAGAUUGUCAAAAGUCCUUACGGUUCUAACACCAGAGUGUUGACUCUGGGAUCAAGACAAAAUCUGUGUGUGAAUGAAACAGUGAAAAAACUGAAGUCUUUAUCUUUAAUGAAUGACAUGUGUCUAGAUUUACAGAAAAAUAAAAGUAAAAAGAUUGACAGGGAACCUAGUGGUGAGGCAGUCAGGAAGAGGAGGGAAAAGAAUGGCGGGGGGUGUCUGUAUUACCGACAAGAGACGAUGGAAGACCUGGGGAAUCGGAUAUUGACAGAAAUUACAGAUGUGGAACAGAUUGUUAAAGCAGGUCGCCAGAUGAAGGCCUGCCCUUACUACACUAGUCGUCUGUCUAUACCACUAGCUGAGGUAGUGGUAUUACCAUACAAUAUUAUCCUACACAAGUCGACACGAGAGGCCAGUGGGAUUCGUUUGGAGGGGAAUGUGGUACUGAUUGAUGAAGCCCAUAACCUACUAGAGACCAUUAACUCUGUAUACAGUGUCACAGUGACUGGGGCCCAGUUAACCAAGGCCCAUAGUCAGCUCAGUCAGUAUGAACAAAGAUUCAGAUCCAGAUUGAAGGCCAAGAAUUUACUGUAUGUCAAGCAGAUUCUGUACAUACUGAACUGUCUGGUGAGAUUUCUGGGUGGGAGGGCAGACAUAAAUGGAGCAAAACAAAGUGCUGGGAAAUACGAGACCAAAGUGCUUACUGUUAACCAGUUUCUGUCAGAGAGUGGGUUUGACAAUAUUAACCUGUUUAAGAUUUUACAGUAUUGUCGAAAAAGCCAAAUUUCCAAAAAGUUAAACGGUUUCCUGGAGAAACAUCCGAACAGUGAGGUCAGUGUGGCAGCAGAAAAAGCCAAAGAGAAAAACAUGGGAGUCGCCGGUUUCUUGAAGGAAAUUACGCAAAAUGUGGAGAGUUCAGCUUCAAUGGAAGAAAUGCAGAAGACAAAUGCUUACAAGGGAAAUGAGGAAUCUGGGGUCAUGAGGUCCCCAUUGAUGCACAUUGAAGGAUUUUUUGCCUCUUUGACAAGUGCGGAUAAAGAUGGCAGAAUUGUGCUAACCAAACAGCCAUUAAUGAGCAACUGUUCCUUGAAAUUUUUGUUGAUGAACCCUGCUGUUCAUUUUAAGGAUGUGCUCACCCAGGCUAGGUCAGUCAUAGUGGCAGGGGGAACCAUGCAGCCCAUAGAUGAAUUUAAACAGCAACUGUUUUUUGCUGCAGACAUUGGUCCAGAGAGAAUUCUGGAAUAUUCAUGUGGUCAUGUGAUUGCAUCUGAUCAUCUAUUUGCUCUAGCCAUGAAGUCAGGACCAAUGGGGAUAGAUUUGGAUUUUACCUUUGGUUCAAGAGAAAACUCAGCUCUUUUGAAUGAACUUGGGUUGAUAGUUAGUAAUAUCUGUGGCAUUAUUCCAGGAGGUCUGGUCUGUUUCUUCCCCUCGUAUGAUUACCAGAACCUUGUUUACCAACAUUGGCAGAAAUCAGGCAUUCUCACCAAACUAGAGAGGAAAAAGAGGAUCUUUCAGGAGCCUAAACUGUCCAGCCAGGUGGAGCAUGUCCUUGGAGAAUAUUCAAAGUCAAUCCAAAAGUCCAGUGGUGGAGGGUCAGUUUCAGGAGCCAUUUUGCUGUGUGUAGUGGGAGGGAAGAUGAGCGAGGGGAUCAACUUCUCUGAUGAUCUUGGUCGAGGUGUCAUCAUGGUGGGCAUGCCUUACCCCAAUAUCAAGUCUCCAGAAUUACAGGAGAAAAUGCAAUAUUUGAAUUCCAAUUUUCCUAGAGACAAAAAUGGGCAUCUUCCAGGUCAAGUUCAUUAUGAAAACCUGUGUAUGAAAACCGUCAAUCAGUCCAUUGGUCGAGCAAUCCGUCACCGUGAAGAUUAUGCAACCAUUCUGUUGCUUGAUAAACGUUACUGUAAAGAGAGUGUACGGACAAAGCUUCCAUCCUGGAUUGGGAAAAAUCUACAGAAAAUGGAGAAGUACGGUCCAGCUGUAGCAGCUAUUUCUCAGUUCUUUCGAGGAAAGAAGAGUGAUACAAUGAAUUAGAUUUCAAUGGCAUUUAAAUGAUGUUCCUGGUUAUUAUUUCAUAUACAUGACUAGUUGUUUUAUUACUCUUUUCUUGUUAAAUCUUGUACUGAU